AUGGAAGAGAUUACAGAGGGAGUGAACACCAUGAACAUCUCCGACUCUCACAAGAAGAAUCGCAUUCAAGUGUCCAAUACUAAGAAACCCCUCUUCUUCUAUGUCAAUCUUGCCAAGUACAUGCAGCAACACAAUGAAGUGGAGCUUUCAGCUCUUGGAAUGGCCAUUGCCACGGUUGUCACUAUUGCAGAAAUUCUGAAAAACAAUGGACUGGCUGUUGAGAAAAAAAUCAUGACAUCUACCGUGGAUAUCAAGGAUGAAUCUAGGGGAAGACCUGUCCAAAAAGCCAAGAUUGAGAUUUUACUGGGGAAGACAGCCAACUUUGACGAGUUAAUGGCUGCUGCACAAGAGGAGAGGGAAAUUGCGGCCAACUUUGUUGAGGAGCAGAGCUGAAGGGAGAAAUGUCCAUCACUCGACUAAUUAUUUUCCAAGUGUCGAUAGUGGUAGAUGUGCCUGGUAACCAGUUUUCUUGAUUUAUGGGUCCUCAGAGUGGUCCUUAGAAUAGCAUUCAGGCAGUUUUAGUAGCUUUGUGGUGGUUAUGUCUUCCCCUUGUUGUUUCAGAAUAAUUGUUCAGUGUUCAAAGUUUCAUUUUUGUUGUUC